CUUGGAGCAGGUGAGUGAAAGAGCGGUCGGAUUCAUUCAUUCAUCACCUUGUUGUCCGUUCAUACAAUAUGCAUAGGGAUUCGCAUUUCAACCAAAGAUUUUCUACAUCCAUCAACCAGCUGUAAAUACUUGUCUGUGUGUAUAUGUGAAGGACGCCUAAGAGAGUAUAACUUGUAGUGUAUUGGUUAAUGGGGCCGUACACUGGAGCAAAACUGUCCUGAGGAAGCACCAGACGAAAACUUCGCUCUGAAAAUCAUUGUUAAGCUCAGACAGCGAAGUAGUGCUGAUACUAGCCACAAGUUGCCAUCUCGCUAAUAACAGUCGGAGAGCCUGGUCGGUUUAUGCUGAUACAUGACCUAACACAUGGUGUUACUAAAGUUGGUGUACAUCUCUUCAUGAGCGAACUCUACAUGAAAGUCUCAGCUCAUUUGUGAUCCAAUUGUCAUAUUGCUGUCAAGCAAAAUCUGUGAUAGAGACAAUAGACAGUGUUAUAAUGGCAUUCACUGACUGGAGACCAUUUAUCUAUGGUGGGGGAGCAUCUGUAUUUGCUGAGUUCUUUACAUUCCCUAUUGACACAUCAAAGACUCGUCUCCAGAUUCAAGGCCAGCAUAUAGAUACAAAGUUAACGAAGCUGAAGUAUCGAGGGAUGCUUCACGCAAUGUACAGGAUAUCCAAAGAGGAGGGCUUCCGUGCUCUAUACUCCGGGGUUUCGCCAGCGUUACUACGGCAAGCAACAUAUGGCACGAUAAAAAUAGGCAUUUAUUAUUCUCUAAAGGAGAUGCUAAUCAAGAAUCCAGAAGAUAACACGUUACUGACAAGUGUCAUCUGUGGAAUUGUCGCCGGCGUUGUGUCUUCGUCGUUUGCUAAUCCUACUGAUGUCCUUAAGGUGCGGAUGCAAGCAAGCAACAAAGAUUUCGUCCAACAAAAUAUGUUUAGGUCAUUUGCAAAUAUCUACAAGCAGGAAGGAGUGAAGGGCUUAUGGAGGGGUGUGGGUCCAACAGCACAGAGGGCAGCAGUUGUCGCGGGUGUGGAGCUUUCUCUCUACGACAUGUGCAAGAAACACAUCAUCCACCGUGAUCUUCUUGGAGACAACGUCUACACACACCUCAUAUCUAGUUUCAUCGCUGGCCUGGGUGGAGCAAUAACGUCAAACCCAAUAGAUGUUAUAAAGACACGCAUGAUGUCUCAACGCAACCUGAGAUUAUUGCCAGUAGAGGGCGUGCAAAGUUCGGCGAUUUAUACAGGAUCACUGGACUGUGCCAUACAGACGGUGCGAACAGAGGGUGUUAUGGCUCUGUACAAGGGUUUUAUUCCGUCCUGGAUGAGGUUAGGACCAUGGAACGUAAUCUUCUUUCUCACGUAUGAACAGCUAAAGUUACUCUACUGACAGGCGUCGUCCUCGCAGAUGUAGCCAGCAUCCAACCAAGUGUAAUGCUAACAACAAUGGGAUUAUGCUGAACGCACAAACAUCAACCUGUAUCCCCGAAAAGCAAUGAAAUGCCACACGACCUAUUUAGUCAAUUCACCAUUUAGUCAUUUUUGUUUCAUUAUUUUUAUUUUAGUGCAUUAGGAGGCGAUGGCUAAGAUAUUAGCUACAGAUUUAAUGUAAAUGGUCUAGGAGUGUAAUGUACAAAACUGCUGAUCCAACCAGAACAUGGGCGAAUAGAAACUGAUUUUAAAUAAAAUAAGCCAAAGGCAUUCAUUAUGUUAGUUGUACACCAGAAAUGGUUCGCCUGGUAUAGAGCAUGCAAGUAUUCUGCAUUAACACGUUACAUAUGAGAAAUAUAUAAUACAUUUCUUUUGCACUCCCUCAUGCUUAUUGUCAAAAUUUGUUUGGAAUGCCCAAAGUAUCGCAGGCAGUUCCUUCUGGUGUUUUUUUUUACGUUGCCCAAAAUAUGUCGGCGUUAAACGAUUGGAAGGACCAUGUAGCAUCGUGAUUUUAGUGGAUUCGUAAGUAAAUAGCACUGUGUGUACAUUAUUUAUAUCAAUCACACCAGAACAGUGACAGGAUUUUAAGUCGGUGAAUUCCAAGACUCUGGGCGUUUUUUUACCUGGUUAUUGAGAUGUGGGUGGCACCCUUGCAGCUUAUUCAUGUAUAAUGAGCGUGAACAUGAUCUCCGUUUUGCUUUCAAACGGUGAAUAUGUUAGGUUCUUAGUGAAUGACUUACACAAUCCAUUUUUUACAAUUGACUGUGAACUCUAUGACAGCUUUAUCAUAUUGGAAGUGAUUAUGGUAUUAGAAAUGUUAAACUAAAUUUAAUAUAUACUUGAAAUUUCAUCAUGCAGUAUCUUUGUGAAUACAUGGAAAAUAGUGGUACAUUGCACGAAAUGCUUUAUACAAUUUUAUAAGGUGUUUAAUAGUAUAUACUAGUGCCAAACCACUACAAUUUGUGCAUAGAUAUUUACAAGUACCCUAAUCAAAGUUAUUUGGCCUUAGCUAAAUUCAGCCAUCUGGGAUUGUAAUAAUAUAAGUUACACAGUCCUACAACGUUCUGUUGCAAUCACUUGUAUUUUUAGGCUUAUUGUCAUCUAAAAUGACACAAUAGCAAUAAAAUUGCGUGGAUAAAUGAGCCACUUUACAAGCUA